GAAAGAGCCAUAAUUGUUAUUGUUAGCUUGUUAGCUAGCAGACUAGCUCGUGAAAUGGGGAUAUGACAGAGUUAUAACGUCUUAUUACAUGUGCACGAUUCAGUUAUUACUAACCUAAAGUGAUGGAGGACGGGACAAGGAGUGACGCUGCUUCCACAUCCAAGAGCCAUGCAAGCUCACUCCACCUGCAGACUCCAAAGAAUGAGGAUGCCUAUGAAAUUGCCAUCCCCUACGAGGAGGGCAACUUUGAACAACAAGGCUUUUUCAACCAGAGUGACCAGAAUUUUGAAGAGUCACCCUCAUCUGCUGGACCGUCUCCAGUCAACAACUCAUACAUGGUGAUCACCAACCUGCGGACACAGCUCCAGAUCUCUCUGGAGAAAAACUCUUGGCUGCAGAAAAGAAUUGAAGACUUGGAAGAGGAGAGGGACUUCCUCCGGUGCCAGCUGGACCGCUUCAUCUUUUCCACAAAGAGCCAGGGACCAGAGCAGAGUCAGAGCCAGUACAGUAAUGGAUAUGAAUCCAGACGAUUCAACUGGAGGGCAAGAAGAGAGGAAGAUCGUCCUGCUGAACAACAGAAGACAGACUCACAGCAUUUUCCCUCUCGUCAGUUUAUCCAGCGAAGGCCUGGUCCUCCUACGAUGGUUCCAUCUAAAAACCAUGUCUCCAAUACAUUAACAAAUCAGAUUGCUUCAAUGAAUGCUUUGUUCAAUUCUACACAAUCCCAAGCCCUGUUGCAAAGUCAUGGCCACAACACGUCCAGUACCGCAGCCAGUGGCAGCAGCGGCAACAGCAGCAACGCUACAAGGUCGUCCAUGAGUGAAAUGGGCGGGCAUAGCAACGUGGGUCCAGAUUCACUUUCGCUUCUGGGAGAACCUGAUGAGUACCUGGAGCAGGACGGCUACAUGGAGGAGGAGGAAAUGAUAUCGGGGGAAGACGUAAUGUCAGAUACUAUUAACAGCAACAGGCACCAAUUAAAGAGAAGACGAGUCUUCCGAGCGCCGAGAGAGCGACAGAGAGUUAAAGAUGCUGCCGGAGUGUUGUUUCGCUACAAGAAGAUUCUGUUAACAUACCAGCGCCUGAAAAAUAUGUCCAAAGCCUUCCAAAUCCACGGUGUCGACCGCAACACAGUGGCUUCCACCACCCCCAUCGCGGAGCUGCUGCUGGUGGCCCCAGAGAAAGUGGCAGAGGUGGGAGAGUUCGACCCAUCCAAGGAGAAGCUGCUGGAUUACGCUCGACGCUGCUACACAGCCCUGGAUGAAGAGACACUGAGCCGAGUGCAGGCCCUGAAGAAGAAUAACCUGCUCCUGCCCAUUUCCUACAGGUUCAGACACUGAGAGGAAAAAAGACUAUGAAUCGAAGUGAUUCUGAUAAGAAGAUCGGGGGCUCUUUUUUUUUCUGCAGUAGAUCUGCUUUUCACCCACACAUAUCCACCAGAGGUAUCCCAGAAAACAAGCCUCUCAUUCCAGACAAACGUUUCAUCCACCCAUAAGACAGUGAGGGAGCAUCGUGUUCCUGUGGGAAAUGGGAAUAAUAUUCUUCCUGUUGCUCAGAGAGCACAAAGUCAAAGAUGCGCUAUUCAGAGACUAAAAACAUUCCACUAAUAUUCUCAAAAAUGAAACUAUUUCUACUUUAGUGUAAUCAACCCAACUCAUUUGUAUUUCAGAAUUUGGAUUCCUCAACACUCUAGAGUUUUGGGGUUCCGUUUACAUAUUCAUUUAUUUUAACAGGCAAAAGCUAAAAUAAAUAAAACACAGCAAAUAAAAUCACUUAAUUUAUAUGCAAAUGUGACACAUUCCUAAAUGUUUUGUAGCUUUCAAUCACAGUAUAUAGCUUUGUUGAAUUAAUGUUGCACUCCAUAGACUUUAUGGAAUUGUGUUUAAGCAAUCCCCAUUCUUUUAAGAUGUUCUUGUUGCUUUGUGCAUUUGUUUCAAUGGUUUUAGGUUUGUCUUGACCUUUCUCAAUUGCCUUAAUGCAAAUGUUGUCACGUUCAGCAUAUUAGGACUUUAUCCUCUUUACCCUCUCAUCCAAACUGAGUUUAAGGGAAGAAAAACUAGAAAAAGCAGUACAAUCAUAAAACGACUCGAUUGAACUUUUUUCCUAAAGAAAAAUAGUUUUUGUGGUGAAAAUGCAUUUUUACAUUCAUAUUGUUUGGUUAAAAUAAUCCAGGUGUCGAUCAUAUUUUAUGUGUAAUAAUACAUACUGUCAAACACUCCAACUUUGCUUUGUUGCUCUAAUAACAGCUAAACCAGUUAAUGUCGUGUGUGAAAUAAUUGUACCAUCAUCCCCUGUGCCUCUGAUUUUGAGGCUCUUGUUGUUAUUAAUUGUCACAAUAAUACUUUUUGUAAAAUAUGUUUCACAGCAUUUACACUAAAUAUUACAAUGUCAGUUAGUUAUAAUGUGUAACUUUUAGUUCAUUGUAAAGAAUUGUGUCUCUUAAUUACACAAACAUUUUGAUUGCAUAGUUUACAGGAUCACAGAAAAGCCGCUUGUGCUUGCAGAUUAUCUGUAACUGCUCCCAGCGCUCCACUACAAAUGCAUGUCAAAAAAAAAACAAAAAAAAAACAACCUUGCUCUGUGGCAAUCUGUAUUUGUCUUCUACUUUUUUUAAAACAUUCAAAACAGCAGAUAAUUGCUUAUUCCAAUGCUGUAGGAUUUGUACACCAGUAAAGAUUUCUUUUGGGAAAAUUAUUUGGGUUACAGUGUGAUGCUGGAGCUGAAACUGUCACAUCACUGUUACUUAUUUCCUUAAAAUGAUGUUUACAGAUUUACAGGACUCAAACUGUUUUCAGUGUCUUUGUGUGUGAAUCAGAAACAACCUGUAACUGAAAAUUUCAUUCCAGUGUUUAAAAAAAAAAAAAAAAAAAAAAAAAAACUUGCUUUUUACCAUGUUUCAUAGAAUAUCACUGGGUAAAUUGAUUUGAUGCAAAGUGUAGAUUUAAUGUGUAAAUUUCGUCAACAAUCUUAACAUGCAGAUAAUGCAAUCACAAACUAUCGUUUCAACAUGGCUGUAAUUAAAACAUUUGAUAUUCUCC